AUGUUGGCGAAGAUUAUGCUGACCUGGUUCUUCUUAGUGUUGAUGACAAGUGGCACUCAUCACCAAAGCACAUCAUCGGCGACAACAGACGAUGUGAAAAAUAUUUACGCCUACAUAUACGACGGCUACGACAAACGCAUCCGACCUGUUUGGAAUCAGAGUCAUUCCCUUUAUGUAGUAGUGGAUUUCGUAAUAUCGUCAUUAAACGAAUUUGACGAAAAGUCCCAGAAACUUGCAGUAACUGGUUGGAUUUAUACGUCCUGGAUAGAUGAAACUUUAUUCUGGGAUCCGGAUGACUAUGGUAAUAUUUCAUAUGUUAAGGUUGAUAGAAAUUCAAUAUGGCUCCCUAAUAUUGCUCUUAAGAACACAAUUGGGAAAUUAACUCUACUGCCUGAUUUAGGUGGAUCUGCACUCGUACACUUCGAUGGGACAGUGAUAUGGAUACCAGGAGACAGUUUUGUCGUUUCUUGUGAAGUUGAUAUAACAUUUUAUCCUUUUGAUACUCAGGAUUGUCAUUUCACGUUUGAAAUGUGGGAUGAUACCAUUUCUGAAGUGGCCCUCUUGUCACUGGAAGAUUCGAUGGAUCUCUCGGAAUUACAAGACAACGCCGAAUGGACAGUGAUCAAAGCUGAGAUUGAAGAUACCGGACUCCAUUCCAAGAAUUUGACGGCAUUUGUAGAUCAUUUUAUGCGACUACAGCGGAGACCGAAAUUCAUUGUUUUGACAAUCCUAGUUCCUAUUAUUCUACUGGCGAUUUUAAAUAUCUGUGUGUUCCUGAUUCCCCUGUCUUCAGGAGAGAGGAACUCGUUCUGUGUGACAGUGUAUCUAUCAUAUGCUGUAUUUCUGGGAUUAAUCACUGCAGAACUGCCACAUAACUCCAAAAACGUGUCCUACCUGACCAUGUAUCUACUCGCGCUGCUGGUGUUCAGUGUGGUUAUCGUCCUGAUAACAGUCAUACAAGUUCGCCUGUUCAUCGAGUAUGGCGAAACUCCGGCACCGGCAUCCAUGAUUAAACUCUUCGCAUGCUGUGCACGUGGAAACUUAUCUCAAGUCAAGCCUUUGACCAACGAUUCAGCUGAUAUGAAAGGAAAAGACAUGACCACUUCAAAUGACGAGGAAAUAGAACAACCAAAAAGGAACGACAACUGUGUCUGUUUAAAGGAUGUGCUGCCGAGACUUGAUGUCCCCUUGUUCUUUUUCUUCCUCGUCAUCUUUUGUGUCAUGACGUCAAUUUUUGGUAUCCUGACCUAUUCUCAUUCCUCGUAA